AAACGACCAUGUACGGGUGAUGAUGAACACCGGUCAGGAUGUGUGUGUGAAGUGGUCCUUGUAAACGACGUUUGCGACUCUGUGGAUUAAUAAAUGUGUGUGCAAUUUUUCUUCGCGUUCGAGGGACAACAGUACACGUAGAUGCAUGGUAACUCGAACGAUCGCAGGGCCCUCGAAAGAGAGGCCCUGCGAAAUGUCAUCAACCAAUGGAACGCAAACAGGUUGGAUCUGUUCGAAUUAUCGGAACCAAACGAGGAUUUGGAGUUCCAUGGUGUCAUGCGGUUCUACUUCCAAGACUCCGGCCAAAAGGUGGCGACGAAAUGCAUAAGGGUGGCGUCCGACGCCACCGUCGAAGACGUCAUCGGCACCCUGGUCGAGAAGUUCAGGCCCGACAUGAGGAUGCUGUCGGUGCCCUCGUACGCCCUGUACGAACUGCACGAGGGCUGUCCGGAGAGGAAGAUGUCCCCGGACGAGAAGCCCCUGCUGGUGCAGUUAAACUGGCACGUUGACGACCGAGAGGGAAGAUUCUUGUUGAAGAAUAUCGACGACAAAACGUCCAACUCUGUUGGAACAAUCGAUUCAAAUGCGAGUUUUCGACGAAAACUGUCGAAGAGGGAGAAGAAACAACUGAAGAAACAGGAGAAACUGUCCAGGAUGAAGAGCGAAAACGGCGACGUCAAUGACAAAGACGGAGUCGCCGAAAAAUUAUACACAGAAUUGCCGGAAACGUCAUUCACAAGAUCAAUUUCGAAUCCCGAAGCUGUGAUGAGGAGAAGACGACAACAGAAACUUGAAAAGAAACUGCAGCAAUUCCGUUCCAAAGAUGGUGGUCCCGACACAGGGGGCACUUUAAAAAUAUACGGCGAGGCCUUGUGCAAAGACGUGCCUUACAAGACGUUGUUGUUAUCCGUCCGUGACUGCGCCGGGGCAGUCGUCAGGGAGAUGCUGGACAAGUACGGGUUGACCAAGAUCGAUCCCACCCAGUGGUGCCUCGUCCAGGUCACCCAGCAACCCGGAGUACCUGAUUCCGAAUACGUCCUGGACGACGACGAGUGUCCGCUGUCCAUACUCAUGAAUGCGCCCAAUACCGGAUCCAUAAUGUUUCAUGUUCGCAGAAGACCGGCGGACUGCGCUCCGCGGAAGAGGAAAAAGAAGCCGGGCGCCCUGGGAACGAACGCCGGCAACCUGAGGGACGGCAGGGGCGAAGCUGCGCCCCUCCUGGUCGAACUGGGGCCCGACGGUUCCGCCCCGCAUCCGAGCGACACCGCCAGAACCAUACGGCUCGCCAAUGACGUCAUGGAGGUGGGUUCUGCGAACGGAAUCGCUUUACAGCUCUACGGCCCCCACAUUCAGCCCCGUCACUGCGUCAUCACCAACACCGAAGGGGUGACGUCUCUGACGCCGUGUCAUGCAGACGCCCAUACAUAUGUCAACGGCCAAAGGAUACACCAAACGACCAUCCUUACCCAUGGCAGCCUCGUCAAGUUCGGCCACAGCAACACGUACAAGUUCUUGGAUCCGGCACAGGAAGAACGGACCCGAUAUCCCUUGACCAAUAUCGACAAUGCGAGGAUUUAUGAAAGCCGAUCACCUCGAGCUUUAAGCCCCACAGACACGUCACGAGAAAACAUUGAAACCACGUUCGAUUUAGAGGGAAACGUUGAAACUAUUUCGACAGCGAGUGGUGCACGAGAAGACAAUAGAUCUUUGGGCUCGUCGUCGGAGAACAGAUUGAGCGGCAUCGACAGAUUCCCACGUGGUCAAGACCCUAUCCUGCCGGCGGUCCUCGAGUUCCCCGAGGAGCCGCAGGAGCAGUUCCUGGCACGUGUCAUCACACACCUCGACGUGACGACGCCCACCUUCCGGCUGGCGCCCGCCUUCACGUUGUACCUGUGCGCCCGGUAUCGCGCCUCGACCCACUACCGGCCCGAGCUGACGCCCACAGAGCGGGCGCACAAGCUCACGCUGUUGCUGCAGCAUGCCGCCAUGCUCGUCAGACACACGGUACAGGACAGAAGCACCGAAAGCAGUUCGCAAGCCUUCUGGUUGGCAAAUGCCAGCGAACUGUUGCACUUCUUGAAGUCCGAUAGGCACGUAAGUGCGUUCAGUUUGCAGGCGCAGGACACGUUGGCCGACGCCGUGCAGUUGGCGUUCAAGAAUUUGGUCGCCUGUCUGACGGACGAACUCAACGCGGCCAUGAACUAUUUGAUGAGCGUGACAGGUGACGACCAUCCGAGAGAGGUGAUCAACAUACUCAGCGGAGCAAUGAAUCUCUUACGAAAAUGCCGAGUGAACGCAGCCCUAACCAUUCAGCUUUUUAGCCAGCUCUUCCAUUGGAUCUCGGCUAAGUCGUUGUCAAACGUCAUCAGCAAUAGCAAUCUUUGCACUCGCAAUUUUGGCAACAAACUUUUCAACAGACUGAGAAAUCUGCAGGCCUGGGCCGAGUCUCAGGGCCUCGAACUUGCCGCUGAAUGUCAUCUGGCAAAAAUAGUGCAAUGUGCCCAUUUAUUGCAAUCACCGAAAUACACGCCCGAGGAUUUGGCGAAUCUGUCGUCGGCUUGCUUCAAAUUGAACUCGAUGCAGCUUGGAGCACUUCUCAUGCAAUACAAAGCUGAACCAGGAGAGAAAAUAGCAUCGCCCUCAAUGUUGGAACAAGCAGCCAAGGCGGCCGAAAACGUCGCCGAUGAAUUGGCACGAGCCGAAGGAAGAGAAGUCACACUCUACGAGGAUCCAGUGCCAGCUUUGCAAUUACUUUUGCCAGAUGAUGGUUUUAGUUGCGACGUGGUCCAGGGAGUGCCACCAGGUCUGGCGGACUUCCUUCACCCUCUUCAAGCUUCGGGACUCUGCAGAUUGGCCGCACAACCCACCAGUUCCGGUCACUGGACGGUUUACAUGUCGGCGCCACGACCUCCGUCUGCUCUUAGCACCACCCAACCUGAGGUUCAAGUCAUACGCCUUCACAAAGCUGGUGGUGGAAUGGGUCUGUCCAUUGUAGCGGCCAAGGGGGCAGGUCAAGAGCGAUUGGGAAUUUACAUUAAAUCGGUGGUGCCAGGAGGCGCAGCCGACAGAGAUGGCAGGCUGGCAGCUGGAGAUCAAUUAUUGUCUGUGGAUGGUCAGUCUUUGCUAGGAAUUACCCAGGAGAAGGCAGCCGAGUUCCUCGUCAGGACUGGCAGUAUAGUCACGCUUGAGGUGGCCAAGGGCGGAGCUGUAUACCAUGGAUUGGCAACUUUAUUACAGCAACCCAGUCCAACACCCCAUAGAGCCAUGGAUUUUUAUUACGACCCGUAUGGUUUUCAAGGGUCCCAAGAGUCUCUUCACAGCGUUACAAAUUACAGGAUCUUCACGCCGCCGGCGACAAAGCCUAAAAACAACGUUUUCUUCAAUUCCGAUGACAGUCUGUACAAAACCGAAAAAAGGAAGUUCACUAUUCCUCGUAUAGAGAUAGAGAGCGACGAACCAGUUUUUAGUUUGCAAGUCACUGAUUUUUCUGAACCGACACCUAAGAAUGUUACUUUAACUUAUGACGAAUUGGGCAUAAACAUGAAUCAAGUGGAGGAGGAAGAACCGGAAGAAAUCCAGCCUAUGAAAUCAUGGAAAACCCGAGCCAACUUUAUACAGCAAAAAAGUUACUCGAUUGACAUUCACGACAGUGCUCUUGAUAUUGACGAAAUCAGUGACACCGACAAGUUUCUGAGCAUUGGUGCGAAGAAGUACAAACACAGAUUGUCCUCCACUUCGUUGCAGGACAUUUCGAGCUCUACCAGUAGCAUUUGUAGCGCUGUUCAUGAGUCUAACUUGGACCUAAGCCAGUUGGAUCCUGACACCUCUUAUAAGCAAAAGAAUUGGAAGUCGCCAUUUGAAAUACGAUACGGCCCUGAUUACAUUAAGCAUUAUGAGAACAAAGCAAUCAGUGUACCUGCGUUGAACAAACGCAUGUAUAUUACUAGUAGGAGUAAGAGCGUUAGUGAAGAAAAAUUGAAUGAUAAAUUAUCAGAGUAUGAAAGACUGGAAAUAGUUAAGUUGUUACAAGAUUGGAGCUUAAAUGGAUCUGAAUCUAAAAGUGAUUAUAACAUUAGGAUUUUAAAUAGUAAAGAUAAUGAAAGCAAGAACCAAUUCGAAGAUCAGUCUUCCGAAAGUAACUUGAAGAAGAUUAAACAAAAAUUCUGUUCGGAGCCUAACUUAUCUCCGAAAUCCAAAAAUAAAACGGAUGAGAUAGAUCAGGGUGGACCGAUUAUUAUAGCGAAGUAUAAUUCAGAUAACAAUUUAAACAAAAAGAGGACCAUAGAUGUUGAUUUUUCUCAUAAGUGUCAAUUUAGGAAUUGUAUAUUUAAUAUAGAUUUUACACCUAAAGAAGGGACCAAACCAGUUGAAGAAACUAAAGAAGACUUAAACAGUUCCGUAGACAAAAAUCCUACAACCGAAUUGAAACUAAAGGGUAUUUUAAAGAAUAGCAAAGAGCGUCUUGAUGAGAUAGAGUGUCUUAACAACAUCACCAAUAUACAAAAGGCGCCAAAGCUUAACUCUAACAGUAGAAGGCAUAGCGAAAUUAUACAAAUCAAUAAAUCAUUUAAUAGUCAAUUAGUACGAUGUGAUAGUUUAGAGAGGUUAACACAACUGCAAAACAAAUACGAACAAAAAAAGUUUCCCGAAUCCUACAUUGUCCGAAGGAAUAGUGCCAGAACCCCCAAAAUUCGAAACAACGAAAACCACAACGGCUCUCCCAAAGUGACCGUCGUUCGCAAAAAGUAUCUACCCAAAACAUGGAAGAGCUGUUCCGACAUUAAAACUCGUAAAACCGUACGCAAGUGUUGCCGCUACGCCAAGAAGUCUUGUCCGGUGUACAAGAACAGCUCCGACUCGCCCAGGUCCGCCAGGAAGACUCGGAGCUGCGCUAACUUCGUUGAAGAAGAUCCGGAUAAUCCCGCUAGGUUAGCAGCCUUAACGGAUUACCGUCUUCGCGCUUUUAAUCGGCCGCGACGAAUGUCUGAACGAGACCUUCCGUCACGUGUGGACGCGGAGCGCACCAUCCCGUCAUCCAAAUCGGUGCCCGCCCUCCACCAUAUCUCCCCGAACUCGGAACAACAGCCUCGUGCCAAUAAUCACGAGGCCUUCAACGCCGGCUACAGCCGCACGUCGUCCAAUAAUAGUAUCAACACCAACGGCGCUCCACCUCCUGGCAGUAUGCAGAACGGAGGCGCACCGCCAGUUGUAAGCGCUAACAUGAGAAGCCGGUCUACGCACAACCUCCACCAGCAGGACGGCGGGUUCUAUCAGAAUUUAAGCGUUUACAGGAACAAAAUUCCUAGUCCGCAACAUCUCGGUGAUAGAACAUCUGCCCUCAGGAGUUCCCAAAACUCCCUUCAGUCCUCGGUGGCCAACUCGCAGCGGCCAUCCUCUGCGUACUACCCCCCACCGGUGGCUCCCAAUGCGUCACGAUCGAAUCUUCACCAGUCAAUACCUAAUUUGAAGAGUCCCCCGGCCACGCAUCGACUUCACAAUGAUGACGCGCGAUCGGGCUCUUAUCCCAGUGUCAAUCACAACCAAAACUACGGUCAAAACUACAACACCUAUCACGGUGGCAAUUCCGCGUACAUGAAUCAAAACUAUCCCAAUUACCAUGGAAAGAAUGAGGACAAACCGCCGUUUAGUCCCCAGUACGCAAUGCAAAACAAUUCCUAUCCCAGCCCAACAACUCCCAGCACGCCCAACUACACGAAUAACGUACAACAGCCCCUCCACAUAAACGCCAACGGUCAAAGACAGGAGGACACAAGGUACAGCAACACGGGAGGAGGACUGCUUCGCGAGGACGUCUUCAGACAGUCUCAAAACUCCCGUCACGAAGAACUAAUGCGGUACCCCAGCGCAAACAACGUGCGGAUUUCCGAGGCUCAAAUCCAACAGAGCCGCGUGUCGGACGACAUGAAUCGCCAGAACGAAAUGCGAACGUCCAAGAGUGAGGACAUGCUCAAACACCACGCCCUGAAUCAAGGUGAUAUGAUGCGUUACGCCAGCAGCGGCAACAUCCGGCAGGACACAACGAAAAUGAUGACGAACGAAGAACGACAAAUGAGGGGACAAGCCAAAAUGGCGGAGAUGGGUGAAGAAGUAAGGCGGAGACAGAACAGAUUGGUGUCGCCUAACUACCCGCAAUCACCGCAACACAUGCCAAACAGUCCGAACUAUUAUGCGGCACAGCAGCAGACGCAGUACUUCAACCAGCAAGGAUACGGGGCACAAAUGGCACAGAACGCUCAGAGUAUGCAGAAUCUCAGUCUCAGUCAGGGGUACCAACAAAACUACCAGGUUUCUCCUAAUGCAUCAUACCAGCAGCAAUAUCCUGCUAAUACACCGACUUCCCCAACGUACAAAUCACCGCCAGUUGCCCCCAAACCGUCAGGUCGAAAGGCGGACGAACCGCCUGAAUUGCCACCAGUCAGUACCCAUCCACUCUACUCGGCUAGUUCACAGGAUCCUCCGAAAAUGGCUUUCUAUCCAGCCGGUGGAGUUUCUAAUUCGAAAACACCACGCGAUCCUUGGGCAAGGGAAGAGCAGGAGCGACAGCAAGAAGCGAGAAGGGAAGCGGCUCGACAAUGGCAAGAGCAACAGAUCAGAGAACUACUUUCAUUACCAUACAGGACAACGCAACAGGAGGAACAGUUGAGAGUGUUGCAGCUGGAAAGGGAGUUCCAAAGGAGGGCUAUGGAGGAGGCCGAACAAGACGAUGAUGACACAGAGAAGGAAAGUCCGACGCCUCAUCUGCCUCAGGCCGUCUCAAGUCAGACAGUUAUCAGCACUCUUACGGCGACAACAGUUUCAAGCAAACUGGAACCGUCACAAGCUCCUCCUACCUCUAUUUUGAAACCGGGAGUUUCGCAAACGACCAAUAGCACGCCUAACAAUAUCAACAACCAUCAGCAGCAUUCUCCGAUUGAAACAGUAGCUCCGCCUCCACCGGAGCGGGGCUCCAGUUUUGCGGUAAUGUCGAUGAGGGCUAAGGAAAACACGAAAAGGGUGUCUUUUGACACAUCAGCCACCCCUGUGUCUCAACCGGCGCCCAACAAUCUGCAGCUUGAGGAAACCAUAAGGGAAGAUCCAAAUAGCUUUAUACGCGAAGCUGAAUCAAUGUUGGCAUCGCCCACAACUCCGACCGACUCUGCUCCUGGCAUUUCCAUUGCUACCCCAGGCGUUAUAGGGGCGCAGGAAGUGUAUAGGGACCCAAGAACAAGGCGACUUCAAGAGCAGGCGCAACAGAAAAACCAACAAAAUAAUUCACCAGUACCGGAGAAGCUCUCGUUUAAAGAGAAAAUGAAGAUGUUUGCUAUGGAAACUGGAGAACAGGGUACGCCAAAGGACAAGAGUAAAAUCAGUAGGGCACAAAGAGAAAUUGACAAUUUAGGAUCACCCAGUUCGGGUUUAGUACAUUAGAGAACAAGCAGUUUUUUCGUUUCAUGUGUGAUAAAUUGUUAACUGAUGACCAAACAAACACCAAGAUAUUUUUAUUUGGAACAGUUUUCUGACACCACAUAAAGUAUCUUGCAUAUCUAUACUGUUUACCGUCCAGUUGCAGCUAUCUUGUCAUUAAACAACGAUGUUUUAUAAGACUACCCACAAACUUUGGCAUCUGAUGACCACAAUAAAGUUUAAACACUUUAGCUUUACAAAAAUGUGCUCUAUUAAAGGACCUUAAAGACGAAUUUACCUUAUCAUAUCAAUUACCUGAAAAUUUGUGAUAACUUUUUGACCAAACAGUUCUAGAACUUUGUUGUGGUUUGAGGAAUAUCAAAAAUUAUAAAUAGUCCUAAAAGAUAUGUGUAUUACUUUAAACGUAGUGGCUUAAAACGUGAUUCAACCUAGUUGGUUUUUUGUUUGAUAUAGAAUAUUGAGAUAUAUAUUGUAUUAUAAUAUAGAACCCUAUUUUCUGUCGUUUUAUAUAUAAAUUAUUUCCUGAGACAGUUUAGAGAAACUACUAGAUGAUAUUUUAAAGCAAUACUUGCACAUAAGGACCAAUGUUAUUAUAUUAUACUAUAUAUACACAUACUUUUAUGCAUUCCUUUUUUGUUGACUUCAUUUUUUUUAUUAUUAUUAUUAUUAUUCAAUUAGUAUUGUUGUAAUAUACUCCUAGAGUGAAUCAAAAAUUUAACUCACUGUUUAUAAACUGCUUUUAUGACUUAUGAGCAAUAUAUAUAUAUCCAAUUUAAAAUCUCAUGAGGUAGUGUAAAUAUAAUGUAAAUUAUCAAUAAAUUUAAACAGAUAAUUAGAA